AUGUUACCAUAAAAUCUUUUAGGUUUACAAAUUGCUGAUAAAAUACUAUUCAUAGGAAAGGCGGUGAAAGUUUUGAAAAGACAACAAUAAUUGUUCAUUAAUGAGCAUUAAUCAUUAAUAAAAGAAAUUGAAGUUUAUGAUUCUUAACCUUUAACAGAAUUAUUGAGUAAUUGCAGAAACAGGUGGGCGAAUAAUUAGUUAAUUAAUUGUUGAUAAGCAGGAAUUAUUUAUUCAUUUAAUAAACUUUUACUUACUUAUACUCCUUAAUACUGGUAAUUUUAUAAAGCAAUUCCUUUCUGAUCUUCAUAAAAUGGAUUAUGAUCAAAACAGAGAAAAUGGAAUUGUUUUAUUUUUAAUAAUGGUUUUGAAUAUGGGACAUUCCAAUCUUUAAAUAAUUUAUAGAUUAAAAAUAAUGUAAUUUAAACUAUUAAUGUUUUGAGAAUGGGUCCUGCAAGAGGUCCUGAAGAUUGGAGUGGAGUUUUCAGAGAUGUGAAGCAAUCUAUUGAAAAUGGAUUUACAUUGCAAACUAUCUUUAUUUUAUAAGUUCCAUAGGAUUUAGUUACAAGUAUAGUCUAGCUAUUUAUCAGGAUGAAGAAAACGAUGAAUUUAUUAGAUUGAAAUUGGAAGAAUAGAAAGUUUCUUCCAUAUCAGCGGAAACAAGAAUUUAAAUUUUAAGAAGAAAUUAUUUAAAAUUGGAAAUUGGUUCUGAAGGAGACUUACAUAAUUUAAAAUAAAUUAUUAAAAUGAUGAACUAUAUUUGAU